UACGUCUCCUCAGCCUUCAUCCGUGAGCCGUCCUCCUUCAUCUAUCAUGGAGCUGCGCGAUGGGUCGUCUGCAGGCGGUGCCGAAGACGAGGCUCCCGCCUGCGGAACCGCCCUGGAAGCCUUCGGCGAGAGCGCGGAGAGCCGCGCGCUGCUGGGCCGCCUGCGGGCGGUGCACGGCGACCUCGCGGCCCGGGAGGUGGUGGAGCAGAGGUUCCGCGUAAUAAUGGACAAAUACCAGGAACAGCCUCACCUGUUGGACCCACACCUUGAAUGGAUGAUGAACUUGUUGUUGGACAUGGUGCAAGAUAAGACAUCUCCAACUGCCCUUGUACAUCUGGCUUUUAAAUUUCUUUACAUCAUCACCAAGGUUCGAGGAUAUAAAGUAUUUCUUCGUUUAUUUCCUCAUGAAGUGGCCGACGUGGAGCGUGUGUUAGAUAUGGUCACAAGUCAGAACCCAAAAGACCACGAGACUUGGGAAACCCGCUACAUGCUUUUAUUAUGGCUGUCCGUGACCUGCCUGAUCCCUUUUGACUUCUCACGCCUUGACGGGAACCUCCUCACCCAACCCGGGCAAACACGAAUGCCCAUAAUGGACCGUAUUCUCCAAAUAGCAGAGUCCUACUUGGUUGUCAGUGACAAGGCCCAAGAUGCAGCUGCUGUCCUCGUGUCCAAAUUUAUCACACGACCUGAUGUCAAGCAGAGGAAGAUGGCCAGUUUCCUGGACUGGAGCCUGUGCACAUUGGCUCGUUCCUCCUUCCUGACCAUCGAGGGGGUCAUUGCCAUGGAUGGGACACUGCAGGCCCUGGCACAAAUAUUUAAACAUGGAAAACGUGAAGACUGUUUACCCUAUGCCACCACUGUCCUCGAGUGCCUCGAUAGCUGCAGACUCCCUGAGAGCAACCAGACCUUACUACGGAAAUUGGGGGUAAAGCUUGUACAGCGGCUGGGGCUGACCUUCCUGAAGCCGAAGGUGGCAGCAUGGAGGUACCAGCGUGGCUGCCGGUCUCUGGCUGCUAAUCUGCAGUGUGUCACUCAGGGUCAGAGUGAGCAGAAGCCGCUCGUUGUGACUUCUGACAGUGAGGAAGACUGCGACGUCCCAGAGGGGGUGGAGCGUGUGAUAGAGCAGCUGCUGGUCGGGCUGAAGGACACAGACACGAUUGUGCGAUGGUCUGCAGCUAAAGGAAUUGGUAGGAUGGCUGGAAGGCUUCCCAAAGAACUGGCGGACGAUGUCGUGGGGUCUGUGUUGGAUUGUUUCAGUUUUCAGGAGACGGACAAAGCAUGGCAUGGAGGGUGUCUGGCACUGGCAGAACUGGGCAGGAGAGGCCUGCUGCUCCCGUCCCGACUUGCAGAUGUUGUCCCUGUGAUCCUGAAGGCGCUGACCUACGAUGAGAAGCGGGGUGCCUCCAGCGUGGGCGCCAACGUCAGGGAUGCCGCCUGCUACGUCUGCUGGGCCUUCGCGCGCGCCUAUGAGCCCCAGGAGCUGAAGCCCUUUGUGACUGCGAUCUCCAGUGCGCUGGUGAUCGCUGCAGUGUUUGACCGAAACGUUAACUGCAGAAGAGCGGCCUCUGCUGCCUUCCAGGAGAAUGUGGGGAGACAGGGCACUUUCCCUCAUGGAAUUGAUAUCUUGACCACAGCUGACUAUUUUGCGGUUGGUAACACAUCUAACUGUUUCCUGGUUAUAAGUGUGUUUAUUGCCGGCUUUCCUGAGUACACCCAACCAAUGAUAGACCACCUGGUUACCAUGAAAAUCAACCAUUGGGACGGGGUCAUCAGAGAGCUCGCAGCAAAGGCAUUGCACAACCUGACCCAGCAGGCCCCUGAGUACAGCACCACUCAUGUUUUCCCACGUCUGUUAUCAAUGACGCUGAGCCUGGAUCUCCACACGCGACAUGGGGCAGUUCUUGCCUGUGCAGAGGUCACUUAUGCCUUGUACAAACUCGCAGCACAGGAGAACAGACCUGUCACAGACUACCUGGACAACAAGGCAAUGCAGCGCCUGAAGCAGAUUCACCAGCAGCUUUAUGACCGUCAGUUAUACAGGGGUCUAGGAGGAGAGCUCAUGAGACAAGCAGGGAGCUCAGAUGAUGCCUACAUAACAAAUUUCCUGCAGGCUGUUCAGCUAAUACUGCUGGGAAAUCCAGGCUCCUGUUUGCUUUUCUGGUGGACAUUAACCAGGUGCAUCAGUUGGUCUUGGACACACAGAAUGCCCUUCAAAGGUGAUGCCGUAAUCAGUGGUUGGCAGUGGCUGAUAGAUGACACUUUGAGACACCUCCAUCUUGUUUCGAGUAAUUUCCGAGAGCAGGUCAAGGACACGGCCGUCUCAGCCCUGGCUGCUCUCUGCAGCGAGUACUACAUGAUGGAGCCAGGACAGGCAGACCCUGCAAUCCAAGAGGAACUGAUCCAGCAGUAUCUCGCCGAGCUCCAGAGCCCAGAGGAGAUGACUCGCUGUGGCUUCUCGUCGGCCUUGGGUGCCCUCCCAGGCUUCCUGCUAAAAGGCAGGCUUCAGCAGGUUCUAGCAGGUUUAAGAGCAGUUACCCAGACUUCUCCCAAGGACGUGAGCUUUGCCGAGGCCAGGAGGGACGGCUUGAAGGCAAUUGCCAGGAUUUGCCAGACAGUCGGUGUGAAAGCAGAAGGAGCCCCAGAUGAAGCCGUGUGCAGAGAGAAUGUUGCCCAGAUUUAUGCGGUGCUGUUGGGCUGCAUGGAUGACUACACCAUGGACAGCAGAGGGGACGUGGGAGCCUGGGUCCGUGAGGCCGCCAUGACCAGUCUGAUGGACCUGACGCUCCUGCUGGGGCGGAGCCAGCCUGAGCUGAUCGAAGCCCACAUCUGUGAGCAGGUCAUGUGCUGCCUGGCCCAGCAGGCCAGUGAGAAGAUCGACCGUUUCCGCGCUCACGCCGCCCACAUGUUCCUGACGAUCCUGCACUACAAUGGCUCUCCCAUCCCUCAUGUACCCCACCGAGGAGAACUGGAAACGCUGCUUUCCAGGUCAGAUGUGGCCUCUGUGAACUGGAAUGUGCCGGCCCAGGCAUUCCCUCGCAUCACGCAGCUCCUGGGGCUGCCCACAUACCGCUACCACAUCCUGCUGGGGCUGGUCGUGUCUGUGGGCGGCCUGACAGAGUCAACGGUCAGGCACUCCACGCAGAGUCUGUUUGAAUACAUGAAGGGGAUUCAGAGUGACCCACAGGCCCUGGAGAGCUUCGGUGUGACACUUCUGCAGGUCUUUGAGGAUAAUCUUCUCAAUGACAGGGUGUCCGUGCCGCUGCUGAAGACGCUGGACCAGCUGCUGGCCAAUGGGUGCUUUGACAUCUUCACCACAGAGGAGAACCACCCCUUUUGUGUGAAGCUGCUUGCGCUCUGCAAGGAAGAAAUCAAGAAGUCAAAAGAUGUCCAGAAGCUUCGGUCAAGCAUCGCAGUGUUUUGUGGGAUGGUGCAGUUCCCCGGCGAUGUGAGAACGAAGGUCCUUCUGCAGCUGCUGCUGCUGCUCUGCCACCCGUUCCCCCUGAUCCGCAAGACCACGGCCAGCCAGAUGUACGAGAUGGUGCUCACGUACAGCGAGGUCGUGGGCGCAGACCUCCUGGAUGAGGUCAUGGCUGUGCUCAGCGACACGGUGUGGGACGUGGAGCUCCCGGUUGUGAGAGAGCAGCGCAAUCGGCUGUGCGACCUCCUUGGUGUGCCCAGACCCCAGCUCGUCAUCAAGCCUGGCACCCGCUGAGUCUGGUCCUGGGAGCUGAGCCUUCACGCCUGCCCAGCAGGGACUUGCUGUUCCCAGGGGAGGAGGAGCUGGACGCCGAUGGUCAACAAAGAACAGCUGGUCCACGGUGCUUCCAUCCAUCCAAAGGGUGGUGCUGGCUGGGGUGUUUGGGGUUGGGACUUGAGGGCAUCACCAGAUGGUAGCUUUUCCUCACGUGUGCCUGCGCUCUAGUGACCUGGGGUGUCCAUGCUUCUGCCUUUAUUUAAACCCAAACGUACUUCCUAUAAAAUCAUGU